AUGCGCAGGGUGGUUAUCACCGGCCUUGGCGCAAUAACACCAUUGGGUGCUGGCGUCAAGACGACAUGGCGCCGACUACUGGAAUCUGGUGAUGGCAUCGUCUCCACGACCAAGCUCGGCACCGAUUUCACCUCCCUGCCUAGUCAAGUUGCCGGACUCGUACCAUUAGGAAGUCGUAGUGAUGGCCGCUGGCAAGCCAAAGACUGGUUGCCAGCAAGUGAAGAACGACAGAUGGCGCUAUUUGCACAGUAUGCUAUAGCGUCUGCUCACGAGGCCCUUGAAGACGCUGGGUGGCAUCCUACGGCGCAAGCGGAUCUGGAAGCUACGGGCGUGACCAUUGGAUCCGGUAUAGGCAAUCUUGAUGAGGCAUACAAUACGUCUGUAGCUUUCAGUCAUGGUGGUUAUCGAAAGGUAUCUCCGCUGUUCGUGCCAAGGCUGCUGAUCAACCUUGCCGCUGGACAUGUCUCGAUACGCUAUGGCUUCAAGGGACCUAACCAUGCGGCAACUACAGCAUGCACGACCGGUGUACACGCUAUCGGCGAUGCCUCACGGCUUAUUGCUUUCGGCGAUGCAGAUGUCAUGGUAGCAGGAGGAGCGGAGUCUUGCAUUCAUCCUUUGGCCAUCGCAGGCUUUGCUAGAGCACGUAGCCUGGCGACAGCCUGGAACGAUAAACCGUCUGCUUCUUCAAGACCCUUUGAUACAAACAGGGCUGGCUUUGUGAUUGGCGAAGGUGCUGGUAUCAUGGUGCUUGAGGAACUCGAACAUGCAAAAGCUCGCAAGGCCAACAUAUAUGCAGAGAUCAGGGGCUACGGCCUUUCAUCCGAUGCGUAUCAUAUGACUGCGCCCAGGGAAGAUGGAGAAGGUGCCUUCCUCGCUAUGCGUCACGCCCUUCGUCACGCUCAAGCUAAACCUGCUGAUGUCGACUACAUCAAUGCUCAUGCUACUUCGACUGUGCUAGGGGACGCUGCUGAAAACAGAGCCAUCAAAAGAUUACUUCUUGGCCCGGAUGGUAAGAGCUCAGCAUCUCAGAUCAAUGUCAGUAGUACGAAAGGCGCAAUAGGUCAUCUACUUGGCGCAGCAGGAGCGGUCGAGGCGCUUUUUACUACUCUUGCUAUACACCGUAACGUGCUGCCUCCUACCCUGAACCUGGAGAACACUUCGGAGGACUUCGACUGCAACUAUGUGCCCAAAACGGCUCAACAACACGCAGUUGAUCUUGCAAUAAGCAACAGCUUUGGCUUCGGUGGCACAAAUGCGAGCCUGUGUCUUGGAGCAUAUCGAUGA